AUGGCAGGAGCAUUUUCAUCCGUGCCAGUUGUCGACAUCGCUCGCUUGACCGACCCUGCUACGAAGGCUGAGGAGCUUUCGAAGCUUCGUAAUGCAAUCUUUGUUGUCGGGUUUCUGUACUUGACCAACACCGGAUUGGAGGGUCUGAUCCAACGUAUGCAUGACAAUCUCCCAAGGCUCUUCGCGUUGUCCGAAGAGACCAAGGAAAAAUGCAACAUGAUCAACUCGCCAUCCUUCCUCGGGUACACCCGAUUGGGUGCUGAGACCACUGCGACAAAAACGGAUCUUCGCGAGCAAUUCGACUUUGGUACCCCCGGAAUGAAGGCCUGGACAAAAACGGAUCCCUUCUGGCAGCGACUCGAGGGUUCAAACCAGUACCCAGACUACCCUGGUGCGCAAGACCUUGUGGACGGCUACCUCGCAAGAAUUGACGAUCUGGCGCAGAGCUUUGUGCGCCUUGUGGCCGAGUGCCUCUCCCUUCCAUCGGAUACUUUCGAUGGCUUCAAGGGAAACAUGAGUCGACUGAAAUUUGUCAAAUACCCGCAAGCACCGGAAAACUCGCAGGGCGUUGGACCCCACAAAGAUUCUGCGGGUCUUUUCACAUUCCUGUCUCAAGACAACACAGGCGGUCUACAGGUUCUGAAUAAAAACGGAGACUGGAUCGAUGUCCCUCCCAUCGAUGGAAGCUUGGUGGUCAACAUCCAACAAGGGUUCGAGGCAAUCACUGGUGGUAUCUGUGCAGCCACCACACACCGAGUCAUCGCACCCACCUCGCAAACCCGAUAUAGUAUCCCAUUCUUCCUUGGAGUGAGACUUGAUCUGACACUCGAACAACUGAAAGACUCAGCCGCCCAUAUUGUCCAGCGCAUACCAGUGUCGGAUGACAAGAAGAAACGAGCUGUGGAUGUGCCAAGUGAAUUCCUUUCGCCCCUUUACUCCUGUUUCGGAGAGGCACAUUUGAGAAAUCGGAUCCUUAGCCAUCCUGAUGUCGGUCGCCGAUGGUAUCCAGAAUUGUAUCUUACAUACUCCAAGCAGAGCUUAGAAUAG